CUUCAAUGUGACCUGCGUCCGCCAUACCGCUGUGAUCAGACCGCACGGCUGCGCGGACACACGCAGCGUUAUCAGUGGAGCGAGACGCUGUCACCGCGGGGUAUAAAAGUCACUUUUGAGCUCGAGCUUGGAGCUGCUUCGAAGGGGUGAAACAUGGCUGAGGACAUUCAGGCUAAACUUGAGAAAUAUCGCACUGCUCCCUUUGAUGCCAGAUUCCCCAAUCAGAACCAGACCAGGAACUGCUGGUCCAACUACCUGGACUACCACCGCUGCCAGAAGGUUCUGGACGCUAAAGGAGUGGACAACGCCCCCUGUGAAUGGUACAGGAGGGUCUACAAAUCACUCUGCCCCAUGUCCUGGGUCCAGAAAUGGGAUGAUCAGAGAGCAGAGGGGACCUUUCCAGGAAGAAUCUAAGAUGGCCAUUUCCACAACUGUUAGUCUGCAAAGAUGUAAUCUUUUCAGCAAAAUGUUUGUAUAAGUGGUAGCAGACCACGUGGUUCCAUCAGCACCUUUAUACUACUGAUGCUCUGUCCUAUAACUGAAUAGUCAUUCCUUGCGAAUUACAUGAAAUGUACAACAGAUUCUGCAUUAAACUAAAACCUCAGGAUAUAUUUAUGUUG